AUGGACCUCGGCGAGAAUGUCAACACCCCCACGACUCGUCUCCUGACUCUACUAAAUGUAUCUGCUUUGAAAAGCAGAAAAAGAACACGGGAUGAGGAUUCGCCAGCACCCGAGAAAUUAAACAAACGGAAGACGGUUAAGCUGGUAGAAGACGUUACCUUGGACCCAGGCCCCUCGAUGUUAUGCGAUAGAACUAACAACGGCACAGAUGACGAGGUCUUGGGAGGUAACGAAGAAAAUGACGAUGUGGAUCCACAAGAUAUUACUUCGACAUACGAACAGCAUUACGGACCAAAUACUGAGCUUGCAUCAGAUGCAUCAAGAAGUUCUGUGGAUCAACGACGUUGGACGUCUUCGAGGGAGAAAGUUGGCAAAUUAACAACUGUGUUUAGUUUACGAAACGAAGAUAACAUCCCUCCAUCGAAAAAACUGGCCAAAAAAACAGCAAUAUCAGAGCGUUUGAGGGGCCCAUUUCAAACGCGACAAUCGAAGCAGUCGUCAGAUCAAAAGCAGAUACAAGAUAAUCUACUCUCGAUCUUGUCCGCCCACCUUGAUCUAUAUAAUCCUGCACUUUCUCUGGAGGAUCACCGAAGUGUACGAGAUGCCGUUGCAUUGCACGCGCUGGACCACGUCACAAAAAAGCGAAGACGAGUUUUGAAAAACAAUGAACGUCUCGCACAUGCGAAAGCUGCUUCAGUCUCUCCUCCAGAGGACGUUCAAGAUCAAGGUUUUACUCGACCCUCCGUACUCGUUCUUCUCCCGUUUCGUUCGUCGGCACUCGCUUGGCUCAAUGCAUUAACCACACACACGCCCUCUCCGGCAUAUCAAAUCGAAAACCACUCUCGCUUCCUAUCUGAGUAUGCUCUUCCACCCGAUGCAGUCGAUAAGUUGGCAGUCGCAGAACCUGGGACAUACCCUCGAGACCAUGUUGAAACGUUCAAGGGCAAUGUCGAUGAUAAUUUCAGACUUGGAAUUAAACUCACAAGGAAAAGUGUCAAAUUAUUUGCCGAUUUUUAUGGUUGUGAUAUCAUUUUUGCAAGUCCGCUCGGGUUGAGGAUGUCAAUCGAGAAAGAAAAAAGCGCAGAUUUUUUGUCAUCAAUCGAGAUAUUAGUGAUAGACCAAAUGAAUGCACUGACAAUGCAAAAUUGGGAGCAUGUCCAGUAUGUCCUUUCACACAUGAACAACCUGCCAAAAGAUUCCCAUGACGCCGACUUCUCACGUAUCAAGCCAUGGUAUUUAGACGGCCAUUCGGCAUACCUUCGACAGUCCAUCCUCUUGUCACCGUUCGAGAUGCCAGAAUUGAGGGCGCUGUUUAACACCACGCUCAAAAAUGCUGCAGGGAAGGUCAGAGUCGAAAAAAUAUGGCCUGCCAUACAGGUUCCGGAGUCUAUCGACCAAACGUUUGUUCCUUUCGACUGUGCGAACCCCAAGGACGAACCCGAAAAGAGAUUUGCAUAUUUCACCACUCAACUACUACCAAAAGUACUCAAAUCCGCGGUACAGAGUGCCAACACAGUGAUCUUCAUACCUUCCUCGUUCGAUUUCAUACGCGUGCACAACCACUUCCGGAAGCAGUCUUCCCUGAGCUUCACUGUACUCUCUGAAUACUCUACCAAUCAGGACAUUUCUCGAGCACGAGAAACUUUUUUCUCCGGUAAAAAGGCAUUUUUGCUCGUUAGCGAGCGGUUCCAUUUUUACCGCAGAUACAAGAUCAGAGGCAUCCGCAAUCUCAUUUUCUAUGGCCCUCCAGAACACCCUCAGUUCUUCUCCGAGUUCCUGUCUUUCCCAUUCCUCGAUGAUGGGGUGGAGGCUUCUGAUGUAAUGUCAAAGGUGAUUUAUUCCAAGUAUGAUAAGUUCAGGUUGGAAAGAAUUGUUGGGACAAAAGGCGUGAAAGGUCUUGUGGAAGGUCUCCUGUAG